GUUUUUCUGCCACUUGGAAUCCAUUAUCUUUCUUGCACUUUUAACCAACCUAAAGUCAUGAUUUUUAGCCUUAAACAACCCUACAAAUUUCCCAUUUUCUUUCAUUCAUUCACCCAUUGUUAUUGAAGACAUUCCUCCCAAAAAGAAUUCAUCUUCAGAAAGUCAAAAGUCAAAAUCUUGAUCAUAUUCUUGGCUUAUUGUUGCAGAUUUGAAGUGGGGUGUUCUUGAUUUUCAAGAUGAUGAUUCUUGGUGAAAAUGUGAAUACCCUUAAAGUUAUAGAUUCUUCACUGAGGUUGAUUGUGAUUCCUUUAAGUAUUGCUUCUUUGUGGUUGACUUUGACCAAUUAUCAAGAUAAUGAUACCUAUGGCAAAUUAGAGUUCAAUAAUCUCAAGGGUCUCAAAUUCUUUGUUAGCAUUAGUGCCAUUUCUGCUGGGUAUGCUUUGAUUGCUGUUGUUUCUUCAUGGGUCAAGAAUUUGAUGAACAAAGCUUGGAUCUUUUUUGUGUGUGAUCAGGUGGUGGCAUAUUUGAUGGUGGCAUGUGUGGGUAGCAUGGGAGAUAUAUUGUAUUUGGUCUACAAUGGCAACCAAAAAGUGACAUGGAGUGAAGCAUGUUCUUCAUAUGGAAGGUUUUGUGCAAGAUUGAACCUCAUUUUGGUUCUUCAUUUUAUUGCUACGAUUUGUUUCUUUGCGCUUUCGUUGAUUUCAUCAUUUAGGGUUUUCACAAGAUUCGAACCUCCUAUUUCGUCCAAAGAAGCCGAAAAUGAAACGACCUAGAUUUAUGCAUCGACAGAUUGUGAUAUACGAUCAUAUAGCUUCCUAAACACGCGUGGUUGAUUCGGAUUCCAUCAAGUGUUUUCUUGAUUUUUCGUUUUUUAGAUGUUAAAUAUCAUUUAAAAGAAUUUUAAUAGUUUCUUGAAUAUGCAAUAUGGUUGUGAGUUGUGACCACUUUGUUUUAUUUUGGCCCCCACGUAAAGAUAAAACAUUAUUUUGCUUAGAAUGCAAGCGUGGUAUGUAUACAUUUGCUUUUUCUAUAGUUACUUUAUUAUAAUCAUAAUAAAUAUUGCAUA